AUGCGAGAAUAUGAAGAGUGCUCUACUCUAGUGAUAGGAGGAUCAAGAGGCAUUGGAAGACAAAUCGCAUUGAAGUUUGCAGAAAACGGAUACAAAGUUUGUGUAGCUGCAAAAACUACCGAGUCAAAUGAGAAGCAACCAGGUACAAUUUAUGAUGUUGUAAAAGAAAUUGAAGACAAAGGUGGCAAAGCUUUUCCAGUAUGCUGUGAUGUCCGAACUGAAGAAAACAUCACCAAUACAUUAAGCAGAUGCGUGGAACAGUUUGGUCACCUGGAUGUUGCUGUGUAUAAUGCAGGAGCUGUUUUGUGGAAAAGUGUUCAGGAAACUCCACUUAAGAGAUGGGACUUGAUGAACCAAGUCAAUGCUCGGGGCGCUUACUGCAUGGUGCAGAAUAUAUUACCACACAUGCUUGAAAGGAAGACAGGACGUUUGAUACUGGUUUCACCUCCUAUAUAUAACAGGUUUUUUAAAGGUAAAACUCCCUAUUCAAUGACAAAGGUGGCAAUGACUGUGCUGGUGCAUGGGCUGGCUAAUGAGUUGCAAGAAACAGGUGUGUCAAUCAGUGCUCUAUGGCCUGCCACAGUUAUAGAGAGUCAUGUGACUCAGGUACGGAACUUGGCACCAUGUUACAUGAGGAAGUCAACCAUUUUUGCUGAUGCCUGUUUUGGUAUUGCAGAAGAAAAGACUGACAAAUUAAAUGGAAAAGCCUUAAUAGAUGAAGAUUAUUUGAGAUCUGAAGGGGUCACAGACUUCUCUAAGUACCGUUGUGACCCUAACCAAGAGCCAGACCGCAUGAUGCCAAAACAGCUGCCAUCUUUGCUAGUAGCGGAGGAGUUAAACGAUCCACCUGUUUCAUCCAAGUUAUGAUAUGCCUGUGCUUUUGAUAUAUUUCAAUUAAAACCAAAGAAAAAUUGUUAUGAGAACACUGUGAAAAAAUAACCUGUGAUUUAAAAUGGUUGUUUUUUUUUGACAUGUUUAAUAUUGUUGUCACUUAAUGAAAAGUGGUUUCUAAUUGAUGAACCCAAAGUCUUACCUGUUCACCUGACUGCUAGUCACAGUUGGACAUUAGUUGUAUUAUUUUACUUUUAUUAAAUAAAUAUACAAUGAAAUAAUUAAAUGGCAUUGUAAUAUUAUUUUGAUUGCAUACUGAUGUAAUGA